AUGGCAUUCAUGCUGCUUCUCCCCUUCCUGGCCGUCUACCUGGCCCUCUUGGCCCUGUAUCGUCUUUACUGGAGCCUGAUUGCCCAUAUCCCCGGACCGAGACUGGCCUGUCUGACUGGAUGUGGCAGGCCACCUUCCCUCUCUUCUGACGACGUUGAAGACCGAAACUCGUUGGUGGCGAUUCUAAGUCCAACUAUGAACCCAGUCUUCCAGUUCCACGAUAGGUGCAAAUCCGUCAUGUAA